AUGGCGGGUCCUCCCGAGCUGGUAAGUAUCUCUCCGCAAGGGCUCUUGCAAUUUGCGACGACGGCGAAAGACCAGAAGUUGCUGAUCAACAACGUCUUAUGCAUUGCAAAACUGUCGUACUCGUAGUAAUCGCAGCACUGCAUUACAGAUUUCAUCCUUUACCCAAAUGAGCAUGACAGUUCUGUGAAAAUUUGUGAUGCAAUUCAUACUUCCUAGCUUGUUCGACAAUUUUGCAAUGCAUAUGUGUCCGGAAAGCACGUUUGCUACAAAGUAAAGACAACUGCGCCGAAAAGCUACGUCGUACGGCCGAGCAAUGACGUGCUGAAACCAGGAGGGUCCGCUACCGUGAAAAUGUACUUACCAUAAUCGUUUGCUUUUCUCACUUCAUCGCGUCCUUUACAGGAGUUCAAGUUUUCCUUCUCAUAGAAGGGUUUUUCGUUGUUUCUCCUAACUAGCAGCUGGUGAUAAUUGACAUUGUUCAAGCAUUUGCAUUUAUACGACGACUACAGAGUGUUGCAAACCGACGACCUGAGCGUGAUCACGCAACACCGCUUCAUGGUCCAGGCCGUCCUGGCGGAGGGCGAGGAAAACAUCACCAAGGAGCAAUGGACCAGCAUGGCGAAGAGUGAAAUCCAGGAAUUUCGGCUGAACGUGGAGCAAUUGCAGCCGGGUGCUGCCACUCCGUCACCGGCCGCUCCAAACGCGCCCGCGUCGAACGACAACGCGAGGAACAUAUGAGCGUGCACAACUCGUCCUCCCCCGCAUUUGUAUGCAGUCAUGAGCAGCAUCACAACCACCAACACACGUGGAGCCUGUGCAUGACAAGUUCACGACGCGCCGAACGUCGUGCCGUUUCGGCUUCCGGAAUUUGUAAUGCAAACAGUGGGUGCCACACGACGCCAACUGUAUUUGGGAUUUUGCAUCACAAAUGAGGGGGAAGGAGAGUUGUGCGCCCUUAUAGAACAUCCAGAGGAAGUACGACGAGCUGGUCAAAUACACGGUGAAACUGGAGGAAGAAACACUCGAGCUGCAACGGGAAAAGGAGGCCCUGGAGAAGCAAGCCCCAAAGUCGGGCGAUUUGUCCCUGAACCUGUUCCACAUGCUGCUUGCCGUGCUGGUCGCGGUGGCGCUCAGCAAACUACCACAGUACAUGUGAAGAAAUCUGGUGUUGUUGUUCCAGUUGCUUUCGUACUUCUAGAUGGUGUACAACCAAUCUUGGAUUCGAGCAGUGAAAUUGAUUUCAUACUACGGUGGAAAGCGAACAUGAACAAAACAUCUUGCGUUUGGUGUUGAUGACAUGGCUGCCAGUCGCUGAACGGUCGUGGUCGUGCAGAGGAUGACUUUCCACGCGGUUAAGUAAGAACCCGAACAAAAUUAACGCAAAAGAAGACAGAGUCAAGUACGGCAGUAGAAU